AUGCCAAAUACUGGUAUUGGAAGUGUUUUGAGCCAGGUCUUGGACGGAAAAGAAACUGUAAUCGGCUACUAUUCACGAUUGCUAUCUGAUGCAGAGAGAAAAUAUUGUAUUACUAGGAGGGAAUUUUUAGGUGUUGUUUGGUCUGUUGAGCAUUUCAAGCCCUACUUGUAUGGACAUCAGUUUCUCUUGCGGACGGACAACUCAGCCGUUAGUCAUAUGCUGACUCUUAGUGAUGCUAAUGAACAGAUACAGAGAUGGCAGUUGUUUCUCUCACAGUUUAAGUUUUCGACCAUCCACCGCCCGGGAAGACACCAUGUGAAUGCUGAUUUCAUGAGCCGACUCCAGUGUGACCAAUGUGACCGACAAGAAGUGCCAGAGCCAAAUCGACCUACAGGCCAUAUUCGCAAGUUCCACCUUAAAAAAUCCACAGAUGUACCAUCUUGUACUCACACCAAGCAAACAGAUGACAGCUUAGAAGAGGCCUGUAAUGUCAUCAAACGCCCACACAAGAAGAUACCAGUCCCUCUGACACAGCAGCUUUUCGGUGAGGCACUUGAGAGAGUGUCCAUCGACCUGAUCGGCCCCCUCAAGGAAACUUCAAGAGGGUAUAGAUACGCGGUGACGAUAGAAGAUAACUUCACUAAAGCUCUGUCAUCAGUACAUGGUAGUACCGGAGAGACUCCCCACUUCAUGCUAACUGGACGAGAGAUGAAGGUGCCGAUAAACCUGCUGUACACGAAGCCGUCUAAAGACAUGACGUCUGUUUCAACCUACGUCGUUUCAACCUACGUCAGGCAGCUAGAAGAUAGGCUGAACAAGGCAUAUGCUCUAGUAUGGAAUAAUCUGAAAUCGGUUCAGCGGAUUCAGAAGAAAAGAUACGAGACCAAUAGUCAUGAGUAA